AGAUAGCAGCCUCUGCUGAGUGCUGAGUGGCGGGUGCUGACAGCUGUUAGUGUUGCCUGUGACACGAUGCAGGCUAGAAGGGUGGGAGGAUGGUUGCGCAACUUAGGCACUGGCUAUGGGGACACGUAAUAUUUAUAUUGGUGGUGCAUGCUUCAGAGUGUGCUUUUAACAUAUUCAGAUAUCCUCUCGGUAGUAUAGAAAGGAAAUAUGGAAGCCUUCCGGAAAGUGAGCGCCUCAGGCUUAAAGAAGACACGAGGGACAUGUUUUACUUCGGCUAUGAUAACUACAUGAAGUAUGCCUAUCCUGAGGACGAGCUCAACCCUAUCCUGUGCCGCGGCCGAGGACCAGAUCGUGAUGACCCGUCCAACAUCAACAUCAAUGACAUCCUUGGUGACUAUUCCCUUACUCUCAUUGAUACUCUGGACACCCUAGCCAUCCUUGGUGAUGUGGAAGAGUUUCGUCAUGCUGUGCAACUUGUCAUAGACAAUGUCAACUUUGACAAAAAUUCUACAGUGCAGGUGUUUGAAGCUAAUAUUAGACUAUUGGGUGCUUUAUUGUCUGCUCAUUUACUCAUAGAGGACAAGAGUCAACCAUUUGGGAACCUAGAACCAGAGUGGUACAAUGGAGAACUUUUGGAAAUGGCAUCUGAUUUAGCCUCUCGCUUCAUGCCAGCAUUUGAGAGCUCCAAGACUGGCCUGCCAUAUCCAAGGGUAAAUUUGCGCAGUGGGGUGCCAGAGGGAAGUCGUACAGACACUUGCACAGCUGGAGCUGGCUCCCUGCUGGUUGAGUUUGGGGUUCUGAGUCGCUUGAUUGGAGACCCUGUAUACGAGAUGUCUGCCAGAAGAGCCAACAGAGUACUGUGGAAACUUCGGAAUGAAAAUACAGGUUUAUUAGGGAAUGUGGUGGACGUGGACACAGGCAAAUGGGUUGGGGAGCUGAGUGGUGUUGGAGCUGGCCUGGACAGCUUCUAUGAAUAUCUUCUUAAGGCCUAUGUAUUGUUUGGUCAUCCAGAGGACUAUUAUAUGUUCAAUGAAACCUACAGCCUCAUCAAGCAUUACAUGAGAAGGGGACGUCCUGACUGUAAUUCUGGUGUUGGAGACCAUCCACUCUAUGUUAAUGUGGACAUGAAAAACGGCGGUACACACACUACUUGGAUUGACUCCCUUCAGGCUGCAUUUGCUGGAAUACAAGUCUUAGCCGGUGACAUGGAAGAGGCUAUCUGUACACAUGCUCUUUAUUACACUAUCUGGAAAAAAUAUGGAGUGUUACCAGAGAGAUUCAAUUGGCAAAGGAUCUCUCCAGAUGUGAUGUUUUAUCCACUAAGACCAGAAUUUGUGGAGUCAACAUAUCUACUGUAUCAGGCAACCAAGAAUCCAUUUUACUUGCAUGUUGGACGGGACAUCCUCACUUCCCUCAACAACUUAACUCGAGCACGUUGUGGCCAUGCUACAGUCCACUCUGUCCUGGAUAUGACUUUGGAGGAUCGUAUGGAGUCAUUCUUCCUUUCAGAGACCUGCAAGUACUUAUAUUUGUUGUUUGAUGCAGAUAACCCCAUCAAUCUGAACUCUGGCCGCUAUAUGUUCACCACAGAGGGCCAUGUGUUACCAUUGGCACCUUGGUUACGCCAACACACCUGGGAGAAUGGCCUCUUCCAGGACAACACUCCUGCACCUCACACCAAUUUAUCUUUGGCUGGUUGUCCAUCCAUCAAUGAAGAGAGGAUACAUAGGCUGCCCCUGAAAAGCCAUUACCUGGAGCAGAUAUCCUUUUCUCUUGGGGUGGAGUUAUGAUGGCUGGCUUAAUAGUCACAUGUGCCUUGUAAAUAGGGUCCUCAUGGCCCUAUUAUAAGAUUGCUUCCGAAACAAAACCAAAAUUAUAUAUAUAUAUAUAUAUAUAUAUAUAUAUAUAUAUAUAUAUAUAUAUAUAUAUAUAUAUAUAUAUUAACUAUCAUCUUCAGUGGCACUCAAGAAGUGAGAUGUAAAUAAUUGUUAUACUGUAAUUUAUAGUUCCUCAUGCCUUAGGAUAUGAAAUUUGUGAUAUGAACCGUCAUUUUAAACAUACUGUAUUGAAAACUGUUAACUCAUUGAUAUAAGUGGCUUUGUUUUGGUACCUAUUUCUUUAUUGAAGAAUAAUGGCUGUGAAGUACAUCAACAUUCCUGCAAGAAGGGCUAAGGAGCAAACUUGUAAAUAGGUGCAUCUUAUAUGCUGGCAGAUAUGCCAAGCUAUAAACAAACUUCCACUCUUUGUUAUCUGAUUUUAGGAUCAAGACUUUUGU